AGAAACUGACAAAAGAUGAAUUUGAGUGACAAAUCUUCUUGUUGCAGAGUGAAAGAGCUCAGCCCUCAUGAUGGAGGUAGUGAAACUCAGAAUCAAAUGGAGACUGAGGAGAUUGAGACCAGUACAGAAGGCUCAGGUCUUGAAUUCAAUCUCUCCAAGGAUGAGGAAGAGGAACUCUCUCCCCACAUGUUCAGCUAUCGAGAGGUUAUGGCUCAAAUUAGUGAACGGGAGGAGAAGGUUAUAGAACAGCUCAGAGAACUGAGACAGAGAAUGACUACUGAACUUGACUACCUCUUGGGAAUCACAGAGAAGCCAGAUUAUGAUCUUGAGACCUUUGUGAGCAGAGCUAAGUACUUUGUGGAGGACAGCUCAAGAAAUUUCCUCAGUGUCAGAGAAACACUGGAUGCCCUGGGAACUGCCAUGCAACUGGAGGAGCAAGCCAGCAAGCAGAUAAGCCAGCAGAGGCCUUAGUCAUUAUAGCAAAACCUGGUUCACAAGCAAUGUUGCAUGCACUUGUCUUGUCUUGCAUGUUUGUCAGUGGUUUGUAUGACUCCUGUUUUAAAUGUUGUAGGGUAUCUGCAGGUCAUAUGCCCAAGGGCAGUGAACACAGCAGUCUUUUUCUUCAUAGCCUGAAUCAGGGUACUCAGAAAAGUGCUAAAAUGCACCUACUGCAAGGCUUGGGUAGGGGGCCUGAGAGUCUGCAGUCUGCCUGAGAUAUUUGGCAUUUGGCCCUUUGCUAGUGACACUGGUCUCCCCUAAGAGAACUAAAUACAUAUGUAUAGGUUAUGUAUACACAUAACCUUUUCCAGAUAUGCUUAAAACAUUGCAAAACUGUUGAAGGUUUUGCUUUUAUAGAAAGAGAAUGGACUAUGUGAUUGUUAAAACCAGUAUUUUAAGAAGUUGAAUAAAUAAAUGCUCUUGGAUCUCAUUAUCUUAUCUGUCCUAUAAAAAAUAUUUCUUCCUGAUUUUGGUAAAGUUUAACAGCUCCUAAAGACUGGCUGGUUGUUGGUAGGGAGGCUGUUUUCUUGGAUGAAGUUUCUUUUCAAAGUCUUUAUAUUGUAAUGUUUACAUAAAAAUCACUCAAAAUAUGUUUUGUCUCUUAAUUUUGAGAUGCUGCUGGGAACUCCUAACGCGGGAAGCUGGCUUAGGUGUAGCUAUCUGCUCCCAUGGCCCUUGUGUGCAGCCUGGGUCCAGAUUGCCCUGCAGACCUUUCCUUUGGGAAAGAGCAGGUUAGGGGAGGAGCAGUUGUAAGGCAUUUGCUCUUUCUCAUUUAUUCAGCUCAGUUCAGCAUUUGUCCUCAAAAGCACAAAAUAGUUGUGAGCAAUAGGUUCAGCAACACAGGAUGCAGGUAUCCAAACAUCAGAUCACAAAGGGACCCUCUACCAUUACUCCUUCUUUUCUUAUAGCUACCUUCUCCCUUUGAAAGUCAAGGGUGUAAUUUAAGUGACAGAGCCCCACCCCAGCUCUGCAUCUGCCAUCUGUGGACUGCAUCCUUGCUGUAUGUCUGGAGAUGCCAACUAACUUGAAGGCCAGUUACUCAACCUGGGCUGGAUCAAUUGUGUGCUAUGUUUCAGGGCUGGCCUGGAACAGACAGCAAAAGAGCUAGGGAUCUUUGAGGGAUGUAAGCAAACAUCAGUCACAAGCAUUUAAAGAAGGGAUACUUCAACCCAGGCAUGGUCCUUCUCCACAGCUGGGGCACUUUGUGCUCAACGUCUUAGGUUCUGGGAGCAUACUGGGGCUGAGUGCUCUGAGGGUUUCUGAAGUGUGGAAGCUGACUUGGACCUGGGCUCUGCCUGCAUCACACUAAGAUGGCACAGCCAGAGCAGAAGGGCUGUUAUGCCCUACUACGUUUGGACAAAAGCAAGACAAUCCUGUUCUACUUCAGGUGUUAGUACUCUUGGAUUAUCUAGCCUUUCCCUGUGUAAGGAAUAAAGUAUUGCCACUACCUUC